AAACAAUCCGUAAUAAUCGAACGGGCCUCAUAUGCUAUCCAAACAUUCAGUUUACAAAAGUACUUUUAUGAUCUCUUUGCGUAUUUACGGAGUAUAUAUAGAAAAAAAUAUGAUAAAAAAAGAUGAUGGUAAGCUUUUAAGGCUAGUUUCUAAAGGAAAAAAUAACUAAUUUUAUUUAGGAAAAUGAAAAUCUUUUAUAAAAAUAGGGUUGCGAAAUUAGCUCUGAAGAAGCUUUGAAUGCGAUUUAACUCGCUAGAGGAGUAGCCCAUUUUCCUGGAGGCGGCGAUGGCAGCGGCCCAGCCCACCUCUGCCGCUGUGCUUCGCGUGGGCCGUGCAACUCGCCGGAGACGGAAGCGACGUCGGCGAGAACCGCGCUGCCGUUGCCGUCGAGGCGAUAUGGUCCUACCCUCGUCGACGGAGACACGGAGUCCGCAGCCGCCUCCGCCUCCGGGGCGCUCGUCGUGGUCGGCGCCGCGUGAUCCGACGGGGGUCUAGAAUCCGGGCCUCGUCUUCAUCACCCGCCACCCGCCGGCGUCCGCAAGAUGCGCGAGAUGGCACCGCCGCUACAAGCCUCUCAUCCGGAUUGGAUUGGUUCCGGCUGUUGCUUGCUCCAGGAAGGCCCUCUUCAUUUGAGACACAUCUGUUACCGAGCGAGUUCUAGAUUCGGUAUUUAUUCAUUGUUCUUGCUCCCAUUCUAGUUUGGUUGAUUUAACCCUUAUCUCCAUUUCUCUAUGUUCACCUUCUAGCUUAGCACCUGUUGAGUUGUUACUUUUGAUGUCUAUUGCCUACCCCUUAUGCUCAAAAUGUGCUCUUCUGUGCUGUGGGGUGUUGCAUAAUGAGCAGUCAAGCCAUGUUUUUCACAACGUUCAAGCCAUCUAGCUAAACAGGGCUUAGGCCUGAUUCAUUCUAGUUCAAGUGAUUAUUGGAUAAAAAUAUGAAGUCCAGCUCACAAAGUCCCAUUACAUUGGGAACUGAAGGUAUCACCACUAGAGCAUUCGGUGCACCAUGCACAUGUGCUUCAACAGACCACAUGCUAUGAUGCUACUUGCGAGCAACGUCAAAGAGUGGUGAACCUGCGCUGCAACCUGAACACGUGGCGGUUGCUUAGUUGGUUGUUUGGUUUGUAGUGGUUUCAUCAUCACGAUCGGAGACAACACUGCUGUGUUGUUUCCUGGCUAAAGUUUUUUGAUUCUUUGUAAUAGUGACUAAUGAGAAGUUAUAGAGCGUGCGUCCAAUAUUUGGAAGUUAAUGAGGAAGGAGCAAUAAAUUGAAAUAAGCUGUUUGCAUACUUUCUUGAUGCUGGGGAACAGGAUAGGGAAAGGAACACAUGUCUUCGGACUCCGGCUACUUCGUGAUCGAGCAAAAAUGAAUUGCAGUAUUUAGUUCAUGAUGAAAAUAUAAUAUUAAUGGAAAGGUUGAAAGUGUGUUCCUUUUUACUGGACUACUGGAGGAAGUUGCCAGGGAAUGCAAGGAAUAAGAAAAUAACUAUUGGGCUUAGCUUAACUGAACUAUGUUAAUUUUUUAUUUAAAUUUCCCUCCAUAUACCAUGCACUUUUUGACUUUGGGUGGUUUUGCCUCAAUAGUCAAUACAGAUGCCACUUUGAUCAUGUGACAUUGAUUUAGUAAACUUUGUAGUACCUAGGCAAUUCUUAUACAUCUUAGAAUACAAUACUAUAUUACUACUAAAAUUUUAGCAUCUUGUAAUGUUAUAAGCACCACCACAACACUAAAUGAAAUUAUGAAUGCGGAUCAAUGCCAUGUGGUCUCUACCUUUAACAAGAACAUUACCAAAUUCCAUUGGUGUCAAACUGGAUUUUAGCAAAAGCUUCAAGAUUAUUUCUGAAGUAUGUAAUUUAUUUUGCCAACAGUCUAAAAAUAUUUGGAUUUUUCUGCAUUUUUCUCUGGAUUUGUGGAUCUGGGAUCUGUUCCCUUUUGUCGCACGAAUUCUUCGUUUUUUCCAUAUCCAGGGUGAAAAUCAUGUCACGUUUAAAUGGUGAUGCAUCAGAUAGGGUGUGGAUGGCUGGAACCCCAUUUCUCUCUUCAUUGUUAAUUAAUAUAUACCCAUAUUUUUUGGACAGCUUUACCCCUCUUAUUUCUCUUCCCAUUUCACUUUCCCCUUCCUCUACCCACUCUCUCGAUCUCUAGCGCCGCUUCGUCGUUCGUUGAUACUCUUCACUCCGUCGUUCGUUGACAAUACCUUUGUGGGCUUGGUGCGUGGACUUCCACUGGAUCCCAAUCAGCUUAUCACCUCACCUUUGGUGCGGACUAAAUCGUUUCCACUUAAGCAUGCGACGGAAGUAAUCUUAUCAAUUUAUCAUAACACUGGACAUGGACUUCUUCACGGAAUAUGGGGAGGCGAGUCAGUAUCAAAUCCAAGAGGUCAUUGGUAAGGGAAGUUAUGGAGUAGUUGCUGCUGCAAUUGAUAGUCACACUGGGGAGCGGGUUGCGAUCAAGAAGAUAAAUGAUAUUUUUGGUAAUGUCUCGGAUGCUGCUCGCAUUUUGCGGGAAAUCAAGCUUCUUCGUCUGCUUCGUCACCCAAACAUAGUCCAGAUUAAGCACAUUAUGUUGCCCCCUACCCGAAGGGAGUUCAAAGAUAUCUAUGUUGUUUUUGAGCUCAUGGAGUCUGACCUGCAUCAAGUGAUCAAAGCAAAUGAUAACCUGACUCCAGAGCAUCACCGCUUUUUCCUGUAUCAACUUAUUCGUGCUCUCAAGUACAUGCAUUCAGCCCAUGUAUUUCAUCGUGAUUUAAAGCCCAGGAACAUACUGGCCAAUUCAGACAGCAAACUAAAGAUCUGCGACUUUGGACUUGCACGUGCAUCAUUUAACGACUCUCUUUCAGCUAUCUAUUGGACAGAUUAUGUCGCAACAAGGUGGUACCGGGCUCCUGAAUUAUGUGGCUCCUUUUUCUCCAGUUACACCCCUGCAAUUGAUAUUUGGAGUAUAGGGUGCAUUUUUGCUGAAGUUCUCACCGGAACGCCAUUGUUUCCUGGGAGGAAUGUUGUGCACCAAUUAGACUUAAUAACAGAUCUCCUUGGAACACCAUCGUUUAGAUCCUUAUCCCAGAUUCACAGUGAUAAGGCCAGGGAAUAUUUGCUUGGCAUGCCGAGGAAGCGCCCUAUUCCAUUUUCUCAUAAGUUCCGUAAUGCCGAUCCUCUGGCUCUCCGGUUGCUAGAGCGUUUACUUGCAUUUGACCCGAAAGAUCGACCUACUGCUGAAGAGGCUUUAGCUGAUCCAUACUUCAGUGGCCUUUCUAAAUUGGAACUUGAGCCUUCAGCACAACCAAUUUCGAAGGUUGACUUUGAAUUCGAGGGAAGGAAACUAACAAAGGCUGGUGUGAGAGAAAUGAUAUAUCGGGAGAUUUUGGAGUACCAUCCCCAGAUGCUUCAGGAGUACAUCGAAGGUGGAGAUCAGAUUCACUUCCUAUACCCAAGUGGGGUCGAUCGCUUCCAGCGACAGUUUGCUCAUCUCGAGGAGAACUACAGGAGAGGAGUAGCUAGCACCCCGCCGCGAAGGCAGCCCACAUCUCUGCCGAGGGAGCGAGUCUGCUCAUCAGAAGAUGGCCACAGUCAGGACUCUGACAGCGAAGAGCAGAGAGCAGCAUCCUACGUUGCCCGAACAACCAUAAGCCCUCCAAGAUCACAAGAGGAGGGCGGCAAGCUCCAGCCUGCCUACCAGAGCGCCGCCGCCGCCGCAGACUCCUGCGCCAAGAGCUAUCUGAAGGGUGCCGCUAGUAUCAGUGGUGCUUCCAGGCGUGGCAUCAAGGGGGAUAAUGGCCGAAAGGAGAAGGAAUCUCCGAGGCUGUGAAAGAGGUGGCGCAGGCUCGUCACCUGUUAGGCAAAAGAGGUAGCAAUGGCGCCAAUGCGACUGCAACGUGGGAUGUCUUAGUCAUCAUGCAUCCAACAACGCAGGGGGGCAGUACAAGUAUGCAGGUCAUCCUAGCUAGGUCGCCCAAAUUAAAGCAGCCUGCUUGGAGGAAUUAGAUUUGUGUACUGUUGUUAAGUUUUUUUUUUUUUUUUUUUUGAAUUCAACUGCUAGAUUCUGGCAGAUCUGUCAACCGCACUCUCCUUGGUUUCCCAAAAUUUACUGGUUUGAACAAGUUUAUUACUGAA